AUGCUAGCAUCACAUUCUCUGACACACUCUUUUAAAGAUUAUCUUCUAUUGAAACUUACCUCGCGCAAGAAAGCUAAGAAUUUGCAACCCACUUACCAUAUGGAGGCUUUAUUUGGUGACCCUUUUGGUUGGUAUGUGGCUGCUGUUGUAACUCUUUUUAGCAUGGAGGGCAAGUGA